UUGAAUUUAUACUAGUAAGAAUGCGGAUUUUGAAAAGAAUUUAUUUGGUGGAGAGAGGGAAAGAAGAAGGGAUACGUUUAGGAGGAGGAAGGAGAUGUGGUUGUGUAGAAAGGAGUAUAAAUGAAAGACAACCACAGGAGUGUUGCACAUAAAAGGUAGAAGUGUGAAAAUUGAAGUGCGAGGAUGGAUGUAAGUAGCGGCAACUGUACCCAUGAAGUGUGUGGUGGUGUAGAAGACGUACAAUAUUGGAACGUUGUUGAACAUGUGGAGGUUUUGGACGAGGUACAUCGUAAUGUCGUGUUACAUAGAGGAGACUACGUGGAUAGACAGCAGUACAGUGAAAAUAAAGCAGUGAGGUAUGUAAGUGACAUCAGUCGAAUGAAACAGUGGAGCGUAGCCCGUAAACUGUUUGAGUGCAAAAUUAACUAUAAAGCAUGUUCUGCUUACGUCUUGUACUGCGAUAGGAAUAAUCUUCGUUAUCUACCUAUGUGUGGGAGUUGUCGGUAUGGAGCGAACAAUGGUAGAAUAAUAUCGUUGUAUACGCGAGUACCGAAUUUGUGGAUGUUAGAAGUUCACCUCCACGGAGAGAUUUGCAGUUGCGAAUUUGUUUGCACCCAUAACCAUCAUUUAAGGAGGGAUAGUGUAUUUGAAGAAGGUUAUGUGAGGGAAAUUUGUAAUAAUAUCGUAAAUGUUGAUGGAGCGUAAACAUGUAUAUAGUACAAUUUGUUCUGAAAUAAAUGAUGAUGUAAUGUGGAAGUAGAUUUAAUAAAAACAACAUGUAGGUAACAGUGGUAUAUAUUUGAAGAAGUGUGUCAAGGUCAAACUUGUGGGAAAGGAAAGUUUGGCAGGGUGGGGAAGGAAAGGAAAAGGUAAUUAGGAAAAAAGUUAGUGCAAGGAUGGUGUCAUCAUAAUGGACCGAAAGAGAUGACGCCUUUGUUCAGCUGAAGUGCAGAGUAGGCAGGAAAGUGUAUGGGUAUCAUCGAUCUCAUAAAGAAGACCCGACUUUUCGCAGAGGUAUGAGUGAACCCCCUGACGACAAGGUCGACAGCAGGAGUUCACAACAUCGACGUUAUACAUUCUACAGCUGUAACAAAAAAGUCGAGGUGUGUUAUCAAGACAUUCUUGACAACAGAACCCUGUUGCAACGUUACAGCUUUGACGAAGACGUUGACAAAUGUUGCAUUGCAACCGGGUGAUAGGUACAAUUGAAUUGGUUGUUUGUCGGAAUGGUGAAAGGACAGUGGAUACACGAGAAAGAUCCAUUGUAAACCGCAAGACCCUUCUCAUGAAGUGAUGCUCUACGAAAGUUUCAAUGGUUUAUAUAGGAAGAAAGGUGGUGGGGGAAUAGUGGGGAUGAUGAAGUAUUAUUGGGGAAGGAGUAUAGUAUAGUGGGGGAUUAGGAAGGUAGGAAUGGUGACAUAAGUUUGUAUGUAAUGUUGGAACAGUAGUAAUUGUUUAUUGGUGAAAAAGUGUAAUAAUGGAAGAAGCGUAGAGAAGAUAAAAGUUGUUAUUUAUAAUGUACUACCCGUUUAUGAUUUCAAUGGAGAGGUGUCGCAGAAGAAAAGUUAUGAUAGUAAAUUUGGUGGAAGUCGAUGUGUUUCAAAAAAUUAUAAGUUAGUGUAAUUAAUGAGUUGAACGAGUGAGUAGUAUAUGAAAUGUUAGGUAAUGAGAUGUAGUAUAAGAACAGAAGAAACAUAUUUAUAAAAUCCCUCAACGUAAUAAAUGAUGGGGGUAAAAGUGUAAAACGGACCAUUUAUUAAUUUUUUUGAAGCAUAAGGAGAUACAAUCUUGCAAUAAGUUAUGUUCUUAAAAGAUGCUACCCAACAGAAGUUAUUAGAAUUUAAAAAAAUAAUAAUAAAAAAAAAUAAAGUUGACAAAAUCUUAACACUUUCAAAGUUACUUAAAAAAUAGAAGCAGUGGAAAAAAAAAAGUGUUCCUCUUGUGAAAUGUGUGUUUAAGGGUAACUAAAAUGAUCCCACGUAAAAAAGUAUGAAAAUAUUUUUUUUACAUGGGUUAACCCCAUACCUUCAGCCCCAGAAAGUGUAUGAAGGGUGGACGAUAGCGGAGAAAUGUUUCAGUAAAAAAAGUUCGCCUUUCAGUGAAGAACGUUUUCCAUCGAGUGAAAGUGGUGAACCGUUGUUAUUAAGGAACUAAGUUUCUACCCUUAAGUUGUAGAAUUAAUUAGAGUUAUAAGGAGUGAUUUUAAAAAAAGAGACCCCUCUGCCACUGUUAAUACUGACAACUGGGUCUACAAGUUG